AGUAAUAAAUAAUCCAAUUCCUUGUGACUGGCAUUAAAAUUCAUAUUUUGGAAAUAAAUGAAUCGAUCGGCUCGCUUUUAAAAUAUUUUUGUAUAAAAUGGAUUUUACUACUGAACGAUCUCAAAAUCCACCUGUAACAAUGAGUUUUUUUUAUCCAAUUCCAGUAGCUCUAAGUUUACUCAUUUUGCGUAUACUAUUAGAAAAAUUCUAUUUUGAGCCAAUUGGUAUCAAAUUGGGACUAGAGGCUCCUAUAAUACAUCCAAUAAAAAAUCGCAAGGGAACAUUGAGUUUCCUGAAAUGGUUACCCCACAUUUCCAUUAAUUCAAAAGUAUAUUAUUUAAGUACCUUACUAAAUUUUUCGGAAAAUUUUGGUAUUGAAAGUUCACUGAAACCGUCAAAAUUGUCGAAAUUUUCCAAAAGUAUCUGGCAAUUGAUUUUUUUCACAUUUACUUUUAUCGCUGGAAUGAUUAUACUAUGGAAUAAAUCGUGGUUCUGGAAUUUAAAAGAAUGUUGGGUAGGUUAUCCACAUCAAAAUCUAACCGACGAUGUUUGGUUGUACAACUUCAUGAAUAUCGCUUUUUAUUGGUCACUCUUAAUAACCCUUCUCAUAGGUACGAAGAAGAAAGAUUUCAACGAGAAUGCGAUUCAUCACAGUGUUGCCAUAUUAUUAAUCUAUCUAUCGGUGAAUUGUCAAUGUUUCCGAAUCGGUACCAUAAUCAUAGUAGAUCUGAGCGUUAGUGAUAUAUUUCUAGAGGCAUCAAAAAUGGCCAAUUAUUUGGAAUAUAACAAAACAUGUACCGCGUGUUUUAUACUAUUCACAAUUAUUUGGAUUAUUUCCAGAUGGGUGGUGUUUCCUUUCUGGAUUAUACAUAACACUUUAUUCCACGUGCCCAAAGUGCUUCCAAUAAAUUUGAAAUGGUAUAUCUUGAACGGUUUGCUAAUGACGUUAGUUUUGCUUAACGUUUUUUGGACGGUAAUGAUUUUUAGGGUCAUAAAGAGAGGGUUAACUGAAGGAGAUAUACGAGAUGUUAGAUCUGAUAGCGAAAGUGAUGAUUAAUAAAGUUAUUUUUUCUAAAAA